GAUCUUUUUUAGGGCUUCUCGGGGCUAGGGUUUGUUUGGCGCUCGCGCUGCGCGAUCUCUUUCUCUUGCGCUCUCUCUCUCUCGAUCGAUCGAUCGAUCUCCGCGAUGGAUUGGAAGGGGCAGAAGCUGGCCGAGGAGCUGAUGCAGUACAUGCUGGUGGGAUGGGCGAUUGCUGCGUUCCUCGCCGGCUACUUCCGUGCAUCGUUCCAGCUGAUGAUGCUCCUCUACGCCGGAGGUGUGAUCCUCACUGUGCUCGUCACCGUGCCCAAUUGGCCCUUCUUCAAUCGCCAUUCUCUCAAGUGGCUCGAUCCAGACGUGGCCGCCGCCUCGAUCAAUCCGGUCAAGACCAAGGCUGCCGCCAGCGCUGCCGCGGCCGGGAAGAAGAAGGGAUCGCGGCCCAAGUGAGCACAAUUUUCUUGCUUGAUCCAUCGAUUCCUCUUUCUGGAUCGAUCGAGUGUUGUUCGUGGCAAUAACAAUGAUCAAACUCAAGAGACUGUUUAAAAUUUAUUUUUA